UGAAAAAUAUUUUAUUUUAAAAAUCUUUUUGGACAUCAAAACUCAUUCGCUAACGCUAACGGUAUACUACAACCCACACCUAUUAGAUUAAAGAUUGUGAAGCGUCGACUCCAGCAACAGCAAGAUGGGUGAUGAAGGCGGCGGCGGUGGCAGAGGCUCCGGAGACUUGAAGUCUUUCCUCAUUGACUUCAUGAUGGGUGGCGUAUCGGCGGCCAUUGCCAAAACAGCUGUGGCGCCCAUUGAGCGUGUCAAGCUGAUUCUUCAGGUGCAGGAGGUCUCCAAACAGAUAGCGCAGGAUCAGCGCUAUAAGGGCAUUGUCGAUUGCUUUGUGCGCAUACCGCGGGAGCAGGGAUUCGCCUCAUUGUGGCGCGGUAACUUGGCCAAUGUGAUACGGUACUUCCCCACACAGGCUCUAAACUUUGCCUUCAAGGAUGUGUACAAGUCGGUAUUCUUGGGCGGCGUUGAUAAGCAUAAACAAUUUUGGCGACAUUUCAUGGGUAAUUUAGCAUCGGGUGGUGCCGCGGGCGCCACCUCCCUGUGCUUUGUCUAUCCGCUGGAUUUUGCGCGUACCCGAUUGGCCGCUGAUGUCGGCAAGGGCGGCGACAGAGAAUUCAACGGCCUGAUCGAUUGUUUAAAGAAGGUUGUCAAGUCGGACGGACCCAUUGGAUUGUAUCGCGGUUUCAUUGUCUCUGUGCAGGGCAUUAUUAUCUAUCGUGCUGCCUAUUUUGGUUUCUAUGAUACGUGUCGCGAUCAUUUGCCAAAUCCAAAGAACACACCAUUCUAUGUGAGCUGGGCCAUUGCGCAGGUGGUUACCACCAUUGCUGGCAUUGCAUCUUAUCCCUUCGAUACAGUGCGUCGUCGCAUGAUGAUGCAGUCUGGGCUCAAGAAAUCGGAAAUGAUUUACAAGAAUACGGCCCAUUGUUGGUUAGUUAUUGCGAAACAGGAGGGCAUUGCUGCCUUCUUCAAGGGUGCGCUUUCAAAUAUUAUUCGUGGCACAGGCGGUGCCCUAGUGUUGGCCAUUUAUGAUGAGUUCAAAAAAUAUGUUUAAAAUGCUGAGACGAACCGAGAAACGGCUGCUGUGGGCCCAUUCCUGAGAUCAAUAUACAUCAAUUUAUGUUGUUGAUGCAGUGUGUGCAGGCUUUAUCGGCUAUUGACCAACAAAAUUAUGACAGAAGUAUAAUAAAAGGAAAUUUCCAAAUUAAAAA